AUGAUAACGGCGGAGGACGAAGAAGGUGAAAAAGCAAGGGCCCUCCGUCGUAAACUUAUCAAAAAUAUUGUCGAAGCUAAACUAAAAAAUGAGCGAGAAAAUGAAAGACUUGGCAGACAGCUCGGUCAACUGGCGAAAGAGGAAGAACGAGAAAUGCGAAAUAUUCAGCGUAAUCUUGUUUCAUUAAGAAGCGAACUUCAGGCUAUGGAAACUGCAAAAACAAGUGAUAAACGACUUAAAGUAUCGAGCGCAGUCCACACACAUGUUAGCGAUAGAGGAGACUUUCUGGUGGGUUACUCAAAAAGAGAGGACAGGCUAUAUCAGCGAAGGCAAUCUGAUUUCAGUUGCAGAUCACCAAUGAGUUUUCUUGAAUUAAGGCGUUUACCGCGAUUACAGUCUACAGAAGAGGGUCUUGUUGUUUGGCCUUUGCCUCCUGUCCGACACUCCAUCAGUUACGACAGGGAACUUCAGGGAUCGCUGAUCAAACAACGCGGAAGAAGUUUCGCUCUUCCUAAAAUUGAACUGCCCGAUAACGAUAAAGUUAAAGGCCGCAAGAGACUGCAAUCAUCUCCGGCGGUAUUAAAGAGCCUGAGCACAAGCCAAUUGGCAACAAUUAAUAGCGAAGGAUCACGGCCAAAACAACAACAGGAUUCAACUAAUCAUGAGGCAGAAGACGAAUGA